AAUAACAGGAAGGGGCGUGUCUUGCGAGGGCGAGGCCCCUCCCACCUCCGCGAAAAAGCAGCCUGGACCCAGGAAAGGGGCGUCAGGCCUGGACAGUGGGGGAGCUGGCCCUGUUCCCCCCUCCUUGAACAAUGGCCUUUGCUUCGUGACAUAAUUGGAUGAAGAAGGAAAGAGGUUCUUCAGGCCAAAAAGAGCCCAGAGUGAAGAUGGAAGAAGCAAACCAGAUCAGUCCUGAAGGAAGAAGAGAGCCCAUUGAAGUGUGGGGCAGGAGAAGUGUUGGAUUCUGGGGGAGAACGGGGCAGGAUGCUCUAGAUGAGAAGGCAUUCAGUUCAGAUGUUCUGUGCCAACUCUUCCGGCGUGUCCGUUUCCAGAAGAACAAGGGGCCACGAGCACUUUGCAGCCAACUCCAUAAACUCUGCUGUCAGUGGCUGAAACCAGAGCAACACUCCAAGGCGGAGAUGCUGGACUUGGUGAUCCUGGAGCAGUUUCUGGCUGUCCUUCCUACGGAGAUGGAGCGCUGGGUGAGGGAAUGUGGGGCAGAGACCAGUUCCCAGGCGGUGGCUUUGGCUGAAGGCUUCCUCCUGAGUCAGGCAGAAGAGGAGAAGACGCUUCAGGAAGAGCAGCAGGAGAGUGAUGUUCUUCAGGCCCAGGAGGUUCCUCCAUAUACCAUCAGAAGCUUCCCUUCCAGAUGGAUCAAACUGGAGAAGGACAUGGGAGCUGCUCCACUAGGAAAUGAGCCAAGGAUGCUGGGAAGAUGUUCAUCUCUUUGUGGUGCAGGAGAAAUGGCUUCUGUGGAACAAAAUCAGGUGACUUUUGAAGAUGUGGGUGUAAAUUUCCAUGAUGCUGAAUGGGCUCUGCUGGAUCCGGGUCAACGGGCCCUGCACUGGGAGGUCAUGGAGGAGAAUUAUAAGAUGAUUGUUUCUUUUGGUGGUGAUGGGCAGGAAAGUGAAAAUGGACAAGUGCCAUGUGACGCGUUGCUGCAAACAGAGAAAUGUGAAGAGCAGGAAGAAGAGAGCAUGAGAAAGGAAGCAGAAGAAGUUAGAGGGGACCACUGCCCUGCUGAUACUUCGGAAUUGCCAAUCCAAGAGUUAACAGACAAAAGCAGGGAGUUUGGGAACUGCCUUGUCAAUGAAAAUGACUGCUUCAAUCAGGCAACAUACCUGAUUGAUCAUAUCACAGACCAUAUAGAACAAGCACAACCUAAAUUCCAUAAAUCGGAAGAAAAUUUUGGAUUUAGGAUACACCUUACUAGCAAUGAAGAAUAUGAUAAUACUAAGACUAUUAAGAAUAAUAAUCCAUAUAAAUGCCUGGAAUGUGGAAAAAGCUUCAAUCAUAAUGGAGCCCUCACUAGACACCAAAAAACCCACAUGGCAGACAAACCAUAUAAAUGCCUGGAGUGUGGAAAAGGCUUUAUUGAUAAGACGAGUCUCGUAGGUCAUGAAAUGAAUCACAGAGGAGAGAAGCCCUAUAAAUGCCUGCAAUGUGGGAAGAGUUUCAGCUACAAAUCAGUCCUUAAAAAUCACCAGGAUAGGCAUACAGAAGAUAAACCAUUCAAAUGUAUGGAUUGUGGGAAAAGCUUCCAUCAUAACGGAGCCCUCACUAGACACCAGAAAACCCACACAGGAGAAAAACCAUAUAAAUGUCUGGAGUGUGGAAAAGGCUUUAUUGACAAGACAAGCCUCGUGGGGCAUGAAAUGAAUCACAGAGGAGAGAAACCCUAUAAAUGCCUGCAGUGUGGGAAGAGUUUUAGCUUCAAAUCGGUCCUUAAAAAUCAUCAGGAUAGGCAUACAGAAGAGAAACCAUACAAAUGUCUGGACUGUGGGAAAAGCUUUCAUCAUAACGGAGACCUUAGUAGACACAAAAAAACCCACAUAGGAGAAAAACCAUAUAAAUGCCUGGAGUGUGGAAAAUGUUUUACUGAAAAGAGAAGUCUCAUAGGGCAUGGAAUGAUUCACAGAGGAGAGAAGCCCUAUCAGUGCCUGGAGUGUGGGAAGAGUUUCAGCUACAAAUCAGGCCUCAAGAGUCACCAGAGUAGUCAUACAGAAGAGAAAUCAUACACAUGUCUUGAGUGUGGAAAGAGUUUCAGUCAAGGAAUACUCCUCAAGAGGCACCAAAAAACCCACACGGGGGAGAAGCCAUAUAAAUGCCUGGAGUGUGGUAAAGGUUUUAGUCAGAAGAGAAGUCUCAUAGGGCAUGAAAUGAAUCACAGAGGAGAGAAGCCCUAUAAAUUCCAGGAGAAUCAUAUAGAAGAGAAAUCUUACACAUAUCUUUUUGGAGAUUUGACAGAGGCCAUUCCAUGUGCUGAUUCUUCCAUAGAGACCUGCACAUUCCCUGAUGACAACCUCAGUGGCACCUCUCCUUGUUCUGAUACUGGAGAGACCCUCAAGUUGAUUCUGUAGCUCCAAACUUACAGAAAUAUUCCUGGUCUACCUUCUGUGUUUGCGGAGUAGCCUCCUCUUCAGAGAGAUCCCAUGUGUGUUUCACCUGCAAGGCAGUGUGUUUUGCUGAAUCCAAGGCAAUCCUCCCUAAUAUGUUGGGUACCUGGAUCUCAACACACUGAACCUUCUCUUCCAAGAGAGCUACUAUCUAACUUGCACUUGCUGCAAGUAUAGAUAUCUGUAUUCUCAUGGAAUCACCUGCAUGAGUUCCAUCACAUUCCAAUUCUAAGAGAAUUGAUGAGAAUUAGGUAGAGAAAGGAACAGAAAUCUGGGCCUCUUCCGCACGUUUCCCUGCCAAAUAUCUCCACAAAUAUCAUAGUUUGUCUCGCCUGUUUAUCUCAUCCUGAAUGCCGAGCUUCAGGAACUUGUAGCAGGAAGUGUAGCAGGAAUUCCAAUAAGAGAUCAACCUCACAUGGCGCCAAAAAAAAAAAAAAACCAUCACAGGAGAGAAGCCAUAUAAAUGCAUGGAGUGUGUAGUAAAGUCUUUGCUGACAGGAGAAGUCUCAUUGGGCAUGAAGAAUCAGAGGAAUUAAACCAUAUAUGCCUGGAGUGUAGUAAGAAUAAUAUUGAUAUCAAAAUUCUCACACUAGUGCCAAGAUUAUGGUUUUUGAAUAGCUUCCAAUGGACACCUGUAUUCACAAAAUGAAGAAAACACAUGGACAAAAAAACCCCUGUAUUCUUUGUAUAAAUUUCCCCCUAUUUACUGUUGAUCCAAGGUAUCUUGGGUAUUUUUUUUUUACACACUUUAGAGAAAAACCUAGCAGGUUCAGCUUAAUACAGGCCUUGUGAUACUCUUGAUGCUUCACCGACUGAUAUGAUGUGGUAUCCACACCUCCCCCCCCUUUCAACUGCAUGUUCUUAUGUUUUGUGCUUGUUUUUGAAAGGUGACUGAAUUUUUUGCAGUUUCUUUUACAGUUUUGUAGAUUUUGACAGACAAAUAAAGUUUUCAUGUGGCCA